CCUCAGUCCGAGGCUAUGAGAGGAGAGAGCAGGCCCAGGCUGCACCAUCAUGCUACUUCUGAGACGCGGGGAUGAGAGUUUGGCCCACAAAACACAAGGUAUUUCUCUCCCGCUCCUCCACCAUGCCUGCCAGCGGCCGCCCUUCCCCUCUGCGCCUCCUCUGCUCCUGCGCCCCCUCAGUUGUCCAGGAGCGAGGGAGGCGGGGCCGACACCCCCGUCCGCCCCCGCCGCCGUCGCUCCACCGCCACGCCAAAGUCUCCCUCGGUGUGCUCCUCCUCUUCCUCUGCCUUCUCCACCUGCCCCCCGCCUGCCACUCCCGGAGAGAAAAGGGAGGGGGCGGCGUCCACUACAUCCCCCUGCCCCCGCUCCCGCCCCACCACAUGGCCCUCCCCAACAUCCUGCGGGGCCUCAGCAUCGCCGUGGUCUUGGUGGGCAACUCCAGCGAGAUGGCGCUGGCGGGGGCCCGGGAGAAGGAAGACUUCCUCCACAUGGCGCCCAACGUGGAGAUCCUGACCAUGAACGAGACGGACCCAAAGAGCAUCAUCAAGAGCAUCUGUGACUUGAUGACGGAGCACUGGCUGCAAGGCGUGGUCUUUGGAGACGACACGGACCAGGAGGCCAUCGCCCAGAUCCUGGACUUCAUUUCGGCCCAGACGCACAUCCCUAUCCUGGGCGUCCGAGGGGGCUCCUCCAUGAUUAUGGCUGCCAAGGAUGACGACUCCAUGUUCUUCCAGUUCGGCCCCUCCAUCGAGCAGCAGGCGUCGGUCAUGCUCAACAUCAUGGAGGAAUACGACUGGUACAUCUUCUCCAUCGUCACCACCUACUACCCGGGGUACCAGGACUUUGUCACCAAGAUCCGCAGCACCAUCGAGAACAGCUUUGUGGGCUGGGAACUGGAGGAAGUGUUACUGCUCGACAUGUCGCUGGACGACGGAGACUCCAAGAUUCAGAACCAGCUGAAGAAGCUUCAGAGUCCCGUCAUCCUGCUGUACUGCACCAAGGAAGAGGCCAACACCAUCUUCGAGGUGUCCCACUCUGUGGGGAUUACGGGCUACGGCUACACGUGGAUCGUGCCCUCGCUCAUCGCCGGAGACACCGACGUCGUACCGGCAGAGUUCCCCACAGGGCUGCUGUCCGUGUCCUACGACGAGUGGGACUAUGGCCUGGAGGCCCGCGUUCGUGACGGCGUGGCUAUUAUAACCAUGGCCACCUCCACCAUGAUGAUGGACAGAGGGCCGCACACCUUGCUCAAGUCCGAGUGCCACGGAGCUCCUGACAAGAAGACCCCCGUCUCAGGCAACCCUAACGAGGUGCUCAGGUACUUGAUGAAUGUGACGUUCGAGGGCCGUAAUCUGUCGUUCAGCGAGGACGGCUACCAGAUGCACCCCAAACUGGUCAUCAUUCUGCUCAACAAAGACCGACAGUGGGACAGAGUGGGCAAGUGGGAGAACGGCUCCCUCUCCAUGAAGUACCACGUGUGGCCCCGCGACGAGCUGUACGGCGGAGCAGCGUCCAGGGAGGACGACCACCUGUCCAUCGUCACCCUGGAGGAGGCCCCUUUCGUCAUCGUGGAGGACGUGGACCCCCUGAGUGGCACGUGCAUGAGGAACACCGUGCCGUGCCGCAAACAGAUCAAAAUACUGAAUCAGACCAAGGAGUCGGGGAUCUACAUCAAGCGUUGCUGCAAGGGCUUCUGCAUCGACAUCCUGAAGAAGAUCGCCAAGACGGUGAAGUUCACAUACGACUUGUACUUGGUCACCAAUGGCAAACACGGCAAGAAGAUCAACGGGACCUGGAAUGGAAUGGUGGGAGAGGUGGUGGUGAAAAAAGCUCACAUGGCCGUGGGCUCCCUGACGAUCAACGAGGAGAGGUCAGAGGUCAUCGACUUUUCCGUCCCCUUCAUCGAGACGGGCAUCAGUGUCAUGGUGUCCCGCAGCAACGGCACCGUCUCUCCCUCAGCCUUCCUAGAGCCCUUCAGUGCGGAUGUGUGGGUGAUGAUGUUCGUGAUGCUGCUGCUGGUGUCAGCGUUUGCCGUCUUCUUUUUCGAGUACUUCAGCCCCGUGGGCUACAACCGCUGUCUGGCUGACGGCAGAGAGCCGCACGGUCCCUCCUUCACCAUCGGCAAGGCCAUCUGGCUGCUGUGGGGUCUGGUCUUCAACAACUCUGUGCCGGUGCAGAACCCCAAAGGUACCACCAGCAAGAUCAUGGUGUCCGUGUGGGCCUUCUUCGCCGUCAUCUUCCUGGCCUCCUACACCGCCAACCUGGCCGCCUUCAUGAUCCAGGAGGAAUACGUGGACCAGGUGUCCGGACUCUCAGACAAAAAGUUCCAGAGCCCCAACGACUUCUCGCCGCCGUUCCGUUUCGGCACGGUCCCAAACGGGAGCACGGAGAGGAACAUCAGGAACAACUACCCGGAGAUGCACAGCUACAUGACCAAGUUCCACCAGAGGAACGUCCACGAGGCGCUGCAAAGUCUUAAAGCUGGCAAACUAGACGCUUUCAUUUACGACGCGGCCGUGCUCAAUUACAAGGCGGGCAGGGACGAGGGCUGCAAGCUGGUGACCAUCGGCAGCGGCUACAUCUUCGCCACCACCGGCUACGGCAUCGCCAUCCAGAAGGAGUCGCUCUGGAAGAGACACGUGGACUUGGCCAUCCUGGAGCUCUUUGGGGACGGCGAGAUGGAGGAGCUGGAGUCCCUGUGGCUGACGGGGAUCUGCCACCACGAGAAGAACGAGGUGAUGUCCAGCCAGCUGGACGUGGACAACAUGGCGGGGGUCUUCUACAUGCUGGGGGCCGCCAUGGCGCUGUCGCUCAUCACCUUCAUCUGCGAGCACUGGUUCUACUGGCAGCUGCGCUUCUGCUUCAUGGGCGUCUGCUCGGGACAACCCGGCUUCGUCUUCUCCAUCAGCAGGGGCAUCUACAGCUGCAUUCACGGCGUGCAGAUCGAGGAGAAAAGCAGCUCGGCGUUGAACUCGCCGUCGGCCACCAUGAACAACACCCACUCUAACAUCCUGCGCCUCCUACGCACCGCCAAGAACAUGGCCUCCCUGUCCGGCGUCAACGGCUCGCCCCACAGCGCUCUGGACUUCAUUCGCCGGGAGUCGUCCGUUUACGACAUCUCGGAGCACCGGCGCAGCCUGGCGGGCCACUCGGACUGCAAGCCGCCUUAUUUGCCGGAGGACAACAUGUUCAGCGACUACAUCGGCGAGGUGGAGAGGACGUUCGGCAACGUCCACAUGAAGGACAGCAACGUGUACCAGGACCGCUACCUGCACCAUCACGGUUCCACACUUGGGCUCAGUGGACCGCCUGCCAACAGGCCGCAUAGUUUGGGCAGUGCCAGUUCCCUGGAGGGCGGCAUGUUUGACUGUGACAGCCUCGGGGGAGGGGUGGCGCCGAUCUUCACCACCCAGCCGUGCUCGGCGCUGACCCACAGGAACAUGAGCAAGUUCGACCUGCUGUCCGGACAGACUCCGCCUCCAGGCCAGGGCUUUAAAAGCGGCCUGCCGGACUUGUACGGGAAGUUCUCUUUCAAGGGCGGUGCCUCGAGUUCCACCUACAUCCCCGGUCACGGGUACUGCGGCGGGAGAGGGGACGACGACGGAAACGUACGGUCCGACGUCUCUGACAUUUCCACGCACACGGUAACCUACGGGAACCUGGAAGGUAACGCCAAGAAACGCAAACAAUACCGCGAUAGCCUGAAAAAGAGGCCGGCCUCUGCCAAGUCCAGACGGGAGCUGGAUGAAAUCGAGCUGGGCUACCGGAGGAAACCGUACCACAUCAGCCACCACCACUACCACAACCAUCGCUCUGCCUCGCCACCACUUUUGCCCCCCGAACGUAAGCGAGGAGGAGGGAAUACCGACGCAAACUAUCUCUUCAGAGAAAAGGAGAGCGUGAGGGACUUUUAUUUGGACCAGUUCCGCCCAAAAGAGGGCGUCCCCCAGUGGGAACAUGUGGAUCUGACUGAAGGCCCUGGGAGUAGAGACGGAGGAGUACCUACCUGCACCUCGCUGGUUCCGGUGGAAGACUUUCUCAAGAGCAAACCCAAGAAGUCGGACUCAAAGAGCGGCGGGGGAUCUGGGUUGGCCGGGGGAGAAUGGGAGUGCAGGAACUGUCGGUCCGGUGCGGGGGUGAAGCAGAUGUCCAUGCACGGGGGCGGCGGCUACGGUGGCAUAAGCUGCGGGUCCUCGGGGGGUGGUGGAGGCAGCCGUCCCAGCUCCGCGUCCUGUUUGCGCUGCGAGAGCUGCAAAAAGACGGGGAACCUCUACGACAUCAGCGAGGACAACAACCACCUCUUGGAACAGAUUGGGGGCGUGGGAGGGGGAGGCAUGGUCGCCGUCCCCCAGUCGCAAUCUCAGGCGCAGCAGCGGAGGAAAGGGGGAGGCUUCGGCAAGCCGCUCCGGCGGCAGCAUUCCUACGACGCGUUUGUCGACCUCCAGAAGGAGGAGACGGGCGGCAUGGGGAGCUUGAUGGGCAAUCUGGGAGGCGUCGGCGGGAUGAGCGGUCCGGGUAUGGGCGGAAUGCUGCCGCCUCCCCGAAGCGUCAGCCUGAAGGAGAAGGAGCGCUACAUGGAGGGCGCCAACCCGUUUGCGCACAUGUUUGAGCGUCACGGGGGGUCCGAGAGAGACCGGGAAAGGGACCCUUCGUUUUAUGGAGGCGAAGGCCGGAUGGGAGGCCUGUUCAGAGGAGGCGACGGCCUCCAUCGCCGCUCCGUCGGAGAGCGAGACGUGAGGGACAGGGACAGGUCUCUGAUGGAAGGUGGCGGCGGGGCGGCGAUCUCUUUAUCCAAAUCUCUUUACCCUGACCGGGUAAACCAGAACCCCUUUAUACCCACGUUUGACGACGACCAGUGUCUGAUGCACGGAGCCAAACAGUUUUACAUGAAAAAGCAGCAGCAGGUCGCCAAAAACAGCCGAAGUGACUUCAGGAGUCAGACGAGCACCACGUCUUACCUGCCGGCGUCCGCCACCGCCGGGGUCAUGUCCAACGUGUCCCCCCGGUUCCCGAAAGAGCUCAGCCUGGGCGGCCUGAGCCACCACGGCUCCAUGCUGGGGGUCGCCCCGUCGCGGCCCUUCAACGGAAGCAACGGCCACGUCUACGAGAAACUGUCCAGCAUCGAGUCCGACGUGUGAGAGGUUCGGGCGCGUCCGGAGAUCAGGGAUGUUUUUAAAGACACCGUCCACGCACUGCAGCCGGGGGUCGUGACCACCCGGAGGAUCCACAUUUCCCACGUAGAGAAAUCUUUAUUUUAUAAAAAUACAAAAUCAGGACACUUUGCCGAGACGGGGAAGUGACCCCUCUCUCCCCAAACGCCAAAGUGAUCUACUUUUACCGACAUCGCCCCCGUUGACUCCGCAGUUAUCGCUCACCCGGGUUCGGUACGGGACGUGCGAUCCCGCUGGGAUCGGACGGAAGACUGCACGAUUGGAGAGCGGCAACCCAGGGGAUGACUUGAGUUUUCUCCCGCCCUGAACUCUCCUCCCUUUCCUCCCUCCUCCCGCAGGCCAAAAGAUUUGCUGUGAGAAAUACAAUCAUGAAUGAUUCUAGGGGAAAAAAACAGGGUAUAAAGACUAGAACACUAUUAAUAAUAACGUUGUGAAGAACACGCCGUAAGAUAUCUUCGCUUUUUAUUGCUCUGUGUUACAAGGUGUGAUAUCCCAUCGGUUUUUCGUACUUGUAUGGUUUUGUUUUUCUUCCUUGCCGGCGUCGGCAGCUUAAAGGCGGUCCAACCUCGGAGCCAGAAAGACUGAACUCUUCCGUUCUUGCUCUCGGUGGAAUAUUUGACUUCACACGUUUUCCUUUCGGGGUUUUUAAUCGAUGUUUUUUGCGACGGUCGGAAUCGAGCGCGUUUGCGCUUGAACGCUUCGUCGCAAGGGCCAGGGACGCCGAGAGAAAAGGACGUGCCUUAAAGGUCCGGUGGGAGUGUCCUCCCGUUCACGUCGCGUUGGAGCGCCAAAAAAAAUCAAUACAUCAAAUGUUCAAGCGGCUUGAGAUGCUGCACCGGCAGCGGUUUCGAUACGAGAUGUUUUAUAACUUCGUACAAAAAAAAAUAGAUUUUAUGACGCCGUACGGCAGUUCUAUUCAGGAUGUCCCACACGGUCUGGGAGUGGCGCCACUUCACAGCACGGCGGCCUUCUACGUCUUUUCCAUUCAGGUUACUCCCGUGACGUCACCAGGCACUCUCGCUGGUAUUUUAUGGAGGCUCAAAUGGGACAAAAAUGAUUAAAAAAUAAUUAAGGUGUCAGACAUUAAAUUUUGUGAUUAAAUACAUAAAUGUGUCAAUGUAUUUCACCUAACAGUACAUUUAAUUAAAUAUUGA